AUGUCCAAGCGCCGGAGAGAUGAUGCACAGCUUGACCUGCCCCCAACCAAGAGGUAUCGUGAUGCUGUGACCUCCCCGCUUGACCGGCUGUCUUCCCUCAGCGACGAAUUACUGCUUCAUAUCUUGUCAUUUCUUCCGAUCUCAUCAUUGAAUGUGUGCCAGCGGUUGUCCCAUCGGUUCCACACUCUCGCCGGUGAUUCUGAACUAUGGAAAAGACAGUAUUAUUCGCAGUGGGUUCGCCCGCGAGCUCGUCGCUUGGCCAAUGUGACUCGCUCUUCACUGCCGCCCAAGGUAGAAUACUCGCCGAAAGUCUCAACAUGGCUAGAUCACAGCCACUUGGCCGAGGAAGGAAAGGCUACGAAUUGGAAAGGACAAUAUCGUCUUCGGCAUAACUGGUCCACGGGAGUGUGUCGAGUGACCGAGGUUGAAUUUCCUCAGCCCCCUGCACCUCCCGUCUUAGUGAAGCUUUGUGCGGGAGUUGUCUUCACUGUUGACACCGCGCAUGGGCUUCGAGCUUGGUGUGCAAAGGAUCCCGCAUACUGCUUGGCAAAGGUCCCCUUUUCAAAUCGAUCAGACAAGGCUACUGUCUGUCCAACGGCGUUGGCGGUAAGCCAGUCAGAUGAAGAACAGGAAAUUGUGGUUGGGUUUGAUGAUGGUCACUUCAAUCGCUAUGUCUUCAACAUUGAAACGUCUCGAUUGCGGCUCCGGUCUGGCCAUGUCGGAUUCAAGGAUGGUGCCAUCACCGCCAUGGCUCUAUCCUCACCAUAUCUCUUGAUUGUCUCCCAAAACAAGAGCCUGUCGUUGUACAAUCUCCGAGUGUCCUCUCAAGUCUCUGGAAAGACCGAUGAGACCACAGAACUACGGAAAUUGGCUUCCCUCAAUGCAGCCAAUAUGGUGGCGCCGAUGACUCUUUCUCUCCGUACAUCUGGGUCAGAGAUUGUUGCUACAAUUGUGUACAGUUUCUUUCACAUUGGUUGUGGAUGGUCCUUGGGCAUUCAAGAACUACGAUUCAACCAAAACGGCCAGCAGGUGGAAUCCCGGCUUGCCAGUACGGUUGAUUCUCAGUAUGGGAUUGUGCCACUGCGAGGCCGGGCAUCCUCACGCAUACGACGACGACAUUCUACGGGGGCCGACACAAGUGAUGGCCAUAUUGCCGCAGCCCCCGUAGCACCUUCGAUUGUCCAUCCACACCCGCCGACCUCCAUGUCCUACUCUCAUCCCUAUCUGCUGACCUCGCACGCGGACAAUACCCUGACUAUGUAUCUAGUCGUGUCGGACUCUCACCGUCUCUUUGUCCGCGGGGGUCAGCGGCUUUGGGGACACACGUCGUCGGUCUCUGCUGUGCAAGUGACCAACCGAGGGAAGGCGGUCUCUGUGAGUUCUCGCGGUGAUGAGAUUCGCAUUUGGGAACUUGAACCCGCGGUGCGCUCUCUCGGCAGCCGGCAGUUGUUGCAAGAGGAAAGCAGCAUUCAAGUCAACCCGGAGAACAAAGAUCGAGAUGAAUCCGAGUUGGAGUCUGCACCUCGAAGUCUCCGGGGGGAUUUGAGCGAUUCGGGUGUUGAUACCGAUGCGCCCGGGGAUGUGUCCCUCAUGCACGGAUGUGUUGGAUUCGAUGAAGAGCGAGUCCUCCUGCUCCGCGAAAAGACCGUUGGCACGCAGCUAUUGGAAUGCUACGAUUUCACGUAG